AUGGCGGACAGGAGAGCGGAGAAGUCAUGUGAAGAAGCCAGCAGAUCGUUAACCAGGCGGGAGUACGAGGCAGCAGUCAGCCACAGCACGGAUGCCCUGGUGGUCCUUGCACCCCAAGCCCAAUCUUCCGGUGCCCCUGUCCCACCAAGCCCUCCAUCCCUUGUCGCCGCCUCCGGGCCCCUCCGCAGCCGUGUCCUGCUCUACCGGAUCGCUGCCUUCUUGCAGCUGAAAAACUAUGAUGAAGCAGAUGAAGACUGCAAACAUGUCCUGGCAGAAGAGAUUGCCAGAGGAGAUGGUUCGCUACAGGCCAGCUUACGCUCCAUGCUGGUGGAUGGCAGCCUACAGGAGGUGGUCAGCAUCCUCUCUAAAGCCCUGUAUGGAGAGCCAAUGAAUGGCAUUGUCGCGAAAGACCUCAGCAGAUUAAAAAUGCUGUUCUCAGAAAUUGAGGCUAUAAAUAGGGAGAUGGCACCAGAAUACACAGAUGACCAGGAGGAAGAGGUCCAAGAUGGCUGGCAGUUCCGGCCUCCUCCCAGAGGAGUCACCAGCAGUGAGGAGUACACCCUCUGUAAAAGGUACUUGGAGCAGGGUCUAUGUCGGUACGGGGCUCAGUGUACGUCAGCCCACUCGCAGGAGGAGCUGAUGGAGUGGCAGAAGCGCUACGCGUCACGCCUCAUCCGCCUCAAACAGCAGCAGGAGAGCAAACACUUCACAGAGAACUACAUGGAGACUCUGAUAGAGAAGUGGAUGAACUCCCUCUCCCCAGAGAAAGUGCUAAGUGACUACUUAGAUGGAGUGAAUGUUGAAACCAACUCCAGCCUCUCUGUCACUGUCUCCAGCAAAAAGUCUGCCCACUCAUGGACCUUCUCCUUGUUGUGCAAGCCGGCUAGAAAGCUGUUCCGCAUUGCGCUGCUCUAUGAUGCCCACCGACCACACUUCUUCAUCACAGGUGUGUCAGCAGGGGAGAGGCUACAGGCACUCCCCAAAGGCUGCCAAGAGUGGACCCCAGGGGAGGAGACAGCAGUGGCAGCAGACAAUGGUUUGGACCACUGUGUCUACAAGGUUGCAGUGGGCUUCAGCACAGAAAUCUUUGGAACCUUCCGACAAACCGUUGUUUUUGACUUCGGAUCAGAGCCUGUACUGAUGCAGCGGGUCAUGGUGGAUGCUGCCUCCAUUGAAGACCUAGAACACCUGAUGGCAGCCAGGCAGCAGCUCUUGCUGACUGCAAAGCGCUGGGACUCCUCCUGUAAGACCAUCGUAGAAUUCACUCCUAAUGAAACGAUGGCCGAACUGGAGCGCAGCCUUCUUGCUCGCUAUCAGAUCCCUCUGUCAGCUGACCAGCUCUUCACCCAGUCAGUCCUGGACAAGACUCUCACCAAAGACAACUACCAGGCCCGCCUGCAUGACCUGCUGUACAUAGAGGAGAUUGCACAAUAUAAGGAAGUUAGCAAGUUUAACAUCAAAGUGAACCUCCAGCUAGUCACCAGCUUCAUGCUGACCGGUAUUUCUGUUGGAGCCAAGUAUGCCCAGAAUGGCCAACUCUUUGCACGCUUCAAACUCACUGAAACACUUUCUGAGGACACAUUGGCCGGGCGGCUAGUAAUGACAAAGGUGAAUUCAGUCUUAGUGCUACCAUUGGGCCGUGAGGGGUUCAACAGCCAGCCACCUCCUGGGGUCAAAGAGCGGGUUUAUGAGGCUGUGAUCGAGGAGAAGACCAAGGACUACAUCUUCCUACGGAUCUGCAGGGACUGCUGUGAUGAGCUGGGGCUACUGCCUGACAGAGAAAUACAGGUGGAGCUCCAGUUCCAGCUGAACAGACUGCCACUCUGUGAGAUGCACUAUGCCCUGGAUCGCAUCAAGGAUAAUACCAUCCUUUUCCCGGAUGUUGGCCUUGUCCCAACCAUCCCAUGGAGCCCCAACAGGCAAUGGGAUGAGCAGCUGGAUCCCCGUCUGAAUGCCAAACAGAAAGAGGCCAUCCUGGCCAUCACCACACCCGUCUCUAUUUCCCUGCCCCCAAUCCUCAUCAUCGGGCCCUACGGCACCGGCAAGACCUUCACCCUGGCCCAGGCUGUCAAGCACAUCCUCCGCCAGGACCACAGCAGGGUCCUGAUCUGCACCCACUCCAACAGUGCGGCUGACCUUUACAUUAAGGACUACCUUCAUCCUUAUGUUGAAGCAGGCAAUCCACAUGCCAGACCUCUCAGGGUAUACUUCAGGAACCGCUGGGUGAAGACGGUUCACCCGGUGGUCCAGCAGUACUGUCUCAUCUCCACCACACAGCUCACUUUCCAAAUGCCCACAAGGGAGGACAUCCUCAGGCACCGCGUGGUGGUGGUCACCCUCAGCACCUCCCAGUACCUCUGCCAGCUUGACUUGGAGCCCGGGUUGUUCACCCAUAUCCUGUUGGAUGAAGCAGCCCAGGCCAUGGAGUGUGAAACCAUCAUGCCUUUUGCUCUAGCUAGCAAGACCACCCGCAUCGUGCUGGCUGGAGACCAUAUGCAGCUCAGCCCGUUCGUGUACAGCGAGUUUGCGCGGGAGCGUAACCUGCAUGUGUCACUGCUGGACCGGCUGUAUGAGCACUACCCCCCUGAAUACCCGUGUCGCAUCCUCCUGUGCGAGAACUACCGCUCCCACGAAGCUAUCAUCAACUACACAUCCGAAUUAUUUUAUGAUGGGAAGUUAAUGGCAAGUGGGAAGCAGCCCUCCCAUAAGGACUUCUACCCUCUGACCUUCUUCACAGCCAGAGGAGAAGACGUGCAGGAGAAGAAUAGCACUGCCUACUACAACAAUGCUGAGGUAUUUGAGAUUGUCGAGCGGGUGGAAGAGUUGCGAAAGAAGUGGCCAGUGGCCUGGGGCAAGCUGGAUGAGGGUAGUAUUGGAGUGGUGUCACCGUACGCCGACCAGGUGUUCCGCAUUCGUGCUGAGCUCCGAAAGAAGAGAAUGCAUGAGGUCAGCGUGGAGAGGGUGCUCAAUGUCCAAGGCAAACAGUUCCGGGUGCUGUUCCUCAGCACAGUGCGGACGCGGCACACCUGCAAGCACAAGCAGACGGCCAUCAAACGAAAAGAGCAGCUGGUGGAGGACUCGACAGAGGACCUCGACUAUGGAUUCCUCUCUAACUACAAGCUACUCAAUACAGCUAUCACCAGAGCCCAGUCCCUGGUUGCAGUUGUGGGAGACCCCAUAGCACUGUGCUCUGUUGGACGCUGCAGAAAAUUCUGGGAGCAUUUUGUCUCCAUCUGCCACGAGAACUCGAGCCUACACGGCAUCACCUUUGAGCAGAUCAAGGCUCAGCUGGAGGCUCUGGAGCUGAAGAAGACCUAUGUUCUGAAUCCUCUGGCCCCAGAGUUCAUCCCCCGUGCCCUCCGACCCAUGCAAGGCCACCACUCUUCGUCGCAGGCCCUCCAUCCCCACCAUCAUCCACACCCUCAGCAUGCACAGCCCGCCUCCAACAAGCAGGGUCCACAGCAGCAGCAACAGCAGCAGCAGUCACCCCCAAAAGGGAAACAUGCAAACCAUGCAGAGCACCUUCCACCUGAAGGAUAUGUUCAACCCAACCCAGCCAUGCUGAUGGGAAACCCUAUUCGGGCAUUCACACCACCCUUGGGUGGAACACCAGCUGGCAUGGGCAAGUCACCCAGUCCUGUUCAGAGGAUAGAUCCGCACACAGGCGCCAGUAUCCUCUAUGUUCCAGCUGUGUAUGGUGGCAACAUGGUCAUGUCCAUGCCCCUGCCUGUAAGUUCGCUGCCUCAGUUGCCUUGGCCAGGUUACCAGAAUCGCUUUGCUGUGGACCCUCGCAUCAUGAGCCACCCAGCAGCCAUGGCCUACAACUUCAAUCUGCUUCAGGCCCAGAAUCGAGGCUCCCCUAUUCCCUACAGUGGGGUGGCCCACCCCUCUCCUCUAGGAAUGGGCCAGCCCAGCCCUGACAAGGAGCUACAGGCCGACCCCAUCAGAAAUGGUAAAUUAGAAGGAUGUCCAAAGUCAGAACAGAGCCGUCUUCAGACACCAGAGAGGAAAGCCUCAGACAUGAAGGAAAAACAGGGAGAUUUAGACACAGGCCAAAGUCGAAGUCUAGACUCGCAGUCAGAUGGGCUUGUUGGAUUUCCUAAUGCACUGCUCCAUCGAAAAGAUCCCUCAGCUGCCCAAAGACCCCUCAACUACCACCUGGCACCACCCAACCCGGCUUUUCCUCCACAUCCUGCCAGUGGAAGAGCCUUCCCCCCACAAUAUCCAGUCUCCAGGCUUCCUUACCGGGUCAACCAGCCUCAACACCCAGGGAUGGCCCAGCAGAGUCAACAGCAGCAGCAACAGCUCAGCCCUGCCUACACUGGUGGUAGCCACAGCGCUUCCUUCUUCAGUGGCCCCAUACCCCCUCACAGGGCUGUCCAGUCUCCCACUUUGGAUGGGCCAGAGUCUGGAGGUGUGGAGGAGAUGAGUAGCUCUAUUAGAACUCCAAUGGGCCACCCAGGUGGCCACCACCCAGGCCUGUCACAGCAUAACAGGGUCAACAGUUUUGGGGAGGAUGGACAGGAUGGAAGUCUGGGAGACAGCUUGGACCUCCAGGGUCCCUUGGCUCUUGAGGCCCUGAGUCAGCAGCAGCAGCAGCAGCAGCAGGCAGCCAGGCUGGGCCAGUGGGGGGAAGCAGCAGGCCCUUUCCUCCAGGGCGGUGUCGCCUUCCCUCUGCCCCAACAGCUAGCCCACCUUGCUCAGCCCGGUAUGGCUCGCUUCCCCCACCAGCUGCUCCGGGCAGCUAGUUGGGGCCUUAGUGCCAAUAUGGAGGAUGAGGCUGUUAAUUCCGCCUCCUCUGGGCCACCUUUCACCAGGUACCCUGGCCUCUUGAGAGAGAUGCCCCCACAGGAGCAGCCUGAGCCCAGGGAAGUCGCUGAGAUGCAGCCUCCACCUCAGUCUCGCCUGCUCCAGUACCGCCAGUCCCAGCCCCGUGCCUCCGGUGACCCUUCAUCCUCUUUAGCCGCCUCCUCCAAUCACGCUGGCCCCUUCCCAUCAGGACAUUACUCCCAUGACACCGGCCGCGAGCUCCUUAAUGACAGCCUUCUCAACAACCCAGCUCUGCAGCAGCAGCAGCAGCAGCACCCGGGGAACCCCAUGUAUAAUACUGGUAGCUUCCCACAUCAGCCACCAGCCCACUCUGCCAGCCCUCCUCCCUCCCAGGUCAAAUACCUUUUGCAAGAGGCUGCCCAGUGGUCUCAUGGUGGAGCUGCGUCAGUGAGCCCACCACAGCAGAACCACCUGAUGGGGAACCAGGGCCACAGCCUUCCUUAUGGACUGCCCAUCAUGGCUCACCCCAGCAGACAGGAGCAAGUCCAUCUGAUGCAACUUCACCAUCAGCACCAGCAACAACAGCAACAGCAACAGCAACAGCGGCAACAGCAACAACAACAACAACAACAACAACAGCAACAACAGCAACACCAACAAAGUCAAGGUCCAGACCAGGAGUCCUACCACCCACUGUCCCCAAGAACAUCAGCAGCCACAGCCCUUCACAAUGUAGAUGAGUAUGAACCAAGAGGUCCGGGCCGGCCUCUCUAUCAGCGCCGGAUCUCCUCUAGCUACCCAGAAGAAUCGUCUCCAGCCAACGCCCACAAUGCCCUGUCCCAGCAGCCCCAGCCCUGUACGUCAGACCCCCAGGAACACCCUCAUCCACACAUACAGCAUCAUCAGCACCCACAUGCCCCCUACGGUUACCCCCCACAUGACCUCUGGCCCAGUAACGGUGGGGGUCCCGGUCCGUUCCAGAACAUUCCAUGUAACGGAGCCGGCACACUCGCUCAGCAUCGGGACCUUAUGGCUUCCAAGGCCCUUCGUCAGACAGAGGAGCAGGUGAAGGCCGAGGCCACAGCGGCACAGCAGACGCACCCACACGCCCUCAACUCCCUUCAGCACCUCGGACAGUUUCCUCCUCUCAUGCCCAAAAACAAGCAGCAGCCGCGGCCACAGGCUCCCACAGAGGCCAGCCAGGGGGCUCCAAAUUUAAGCAAACCACCCACCAUGUCCUAUGCCAGCGCCCUCCGCGCUCCACCCAAACCCCGAGCUGUUCGCCCGGAGCAGGUCAAAAAGAACAGCGACCCUCUCUCACUCCUUCAAGAGCUGAGUAUAGGAAGUUCAAAUGGUAGCAAUGGGUACUAUUCCUAUUUUAAAUGAGUGUCACCCCUCCCAAAAACAAAUAAGUGAUAAAAUAUAAAACAAAACAAAAAAAAAAAUAGCAAAACGGUUUCUAAAAACACAAAAAAUAGUGCAAAGUGCAUUUACAAAUUGUUUCUAUCAGUAGGUUUGUUUUCUGCAUUUUGUUUCAUUUUAACUUUUUAUUUGUAACAGUCCUCUUUUCUCCUGUUUCACAUAUCUGUGAAGAAAAUAAGUAUAUAUAAUGAAUGCAUUACUGGUAUAUAUACAUACUCAUUAUGUAUAUAUGAAUAUAUACUUAUAUUAUCUACACUUGUAUAUGUACGUAAUGCAAAAAAAAAAAAAAAAAGUCAGAAAAAAAUUAAAUAAAAAAAGGUGAGAUUUGGUUGACCACUUAGCUACCUGCAUAUUUUUCCUUAUUGAAGUUGAUUUUUGUUGCUUACUAAAUGCGUAUGUUGAAGUUUUUAUCAUUUUGUAUUCCUCAGUUUUGAGUGGACGUUAUGUCUUGAUUUUCAUACUACUGUAGUCGUGGUAACGGACAAAAGCUAAGUGGUCAACCGACACGGAAACUACAUGGAACAGUGUAUAGAAGUAGAUAAAAUUUUCCUCUAAUCUGUACAUAUAAAGAAAAUAAAAGACUGAAUUGUAUGCCACAGACAUGUCCUUAAAUUCCUGUAUCAUGCUAGCAUUUGCAUUAUGAAUUAUUUUUAUUUUUUUUUGUUUGUUGGCUUCUGAUCCUUAAUUCUUAGACACCCUAACACUGGGAAAUCAUCCUCAGUGAUUUAGUCGUACAUGUGAUUAUUUACUGAAAAAUACCAAUACAGAUAUUGAGUGUGCAUUUUAUUUUCUCUCACCAAUUUCUCAUCAGCAACAGGUCGUUACGGUGUGAAAAUGUCAGAACAGGAACAGCCAUGUCCUUCCUCCUUUGUUUGUGUUAAGGAUCAGAGAACACCAUCGCUUUCUGUGAUAAGAUUCUCCCAGACUGCUUCUCUAGUGGCAGAUGCUCACUCGUUUUAUUUUGAUUUCUUUCCUCGUCAGAAUCUUCACCAGGGAAAUUUUCUCAGUAACUGCUGGUGGAUAUAAAAAUGUGUGUUUUUUUCUUUUUGUCACCAAUGGACUUUGAGCUUUUUUUUUUUUUUUUUUGAAAAGGUUGCAGUACUCUGAGGGUUUGUGAAAGUGAAGAGAGAGUGGUGAGGUCAGAGUGGUGUGUCAUGAUGGGUAGGUUGAAGCUGAGGGUGUGAACCACACUGCCAGUCAGAUGUUUUUGAACAGGCUAAAUGUUUUGUUAGGCUUUUUUGGUUAAAUCUGAACUAGCUAACACUGUCAAUUCAUGGUCAAUACACAUCAGAAAUACACUAACAUUUGUGACUUUUUAUUUCAUUGGAAAUGCCUGAAAUGGUGAUCACUGUAGCAAACAGCACACUGUGUAUUAUCACUGCUUUUAAUAUUAUAUUGGUCUCAGAGAUAUUUGCAGUCAGUCACUUUCUAGAUACAUAUUCAUAGUGUAAAGCCAGACUGCCUAAAGAUUCUUUGUCAUUUUCUCUGUAAGACAAUCUUUAAUCCUGGCGCAGAAGGAAAACAAUAAACAAUAAUCACUUAAAUCUCUCGUAAGCUGAUAUUUUUAACCAUAGAAAAGUCAGAAAGAAUUUCCCUAUCUCUGCAUCCUUUCAACGCUCUGCUCGAGAUUUAACCAAAAAAGCAACUACACAAUAAUCUGUUCAAAGACAUGACUUUUAAUGUAUCUGUUUGUAGACUGUGCAUAAUAAGAAUGAAUGAGUAAUGUCGUGGGAGUUGAUCCGGCUCUUUUGAGGAGUGACAUUAUUAACGUUUUCAGUCUGAUCUGAUCUGGCAUAUUAACAUUAAAGCAGUAGGUGGAGCUCCCUUUAAUUUAAUAGAAAAAUCUCUGACCACGCUUAACAUUUGCUAUAGCCACGUGACUUUUCCCCCUCUUACAACCUCGAACAGGUGAUGAACAAGGGAACAUUGGGGUUCAGUCACUGAGGCCACACAGCCACAUGCACAGGUUUCACUGCUUUAUACCCUGAUAAUUAUAGUCCAUUGCAGGUAAAAUAUAAAAAGAUGCUGAUACACUCUGUUGAGUUUUUUUCUUUUAUGAUAAAGGUGAUCCUGGAAACAUUGACCCAGUGCUGUGUCCUGUUGUAUGUAAUUCAUCACCACUGCCCCAUUUGCAAAUUGGUAAAACUGUAAUGAAUUCCUCCCGCGGUUUCAUUGCUUUUAGUCACUGUUAAGUCUCUUAAAAUGUCACUUCCUCAGAAAGUUACUACCCUACUGCUAAUAACUUAGAUGUGUUUUGAACAGUCAGCGGAACGCUUUGUGAAGCUUUGGUUUUAUUUUCAAGAUUUCACAUUGUUAUUUCCAAGGUCCAGAGUUUUUGACUUGGUCGGAGAACAACACAUACUUGUAAAUAUGCAUUUUCUAGGUAUUUACAAACAAGAACUUUGGGAGCGCCUCAAUUUUGUAGAAGCUGUUCAAAGAAGAGGUUUGCCCUUUUUAAUUAUGCAAAUUCACUAAUAAUGAUAAUGAUAAUAAUAAUUCUAGAAAUGGACGACAACACACAUGUUGGUAGUUGCAACACCUUGUUGUAACUUUUUAGAUUUUUUUAAAAUGGUAUCUGGCUGAUUUGACAAAGAGGAGAUUUUUCUGUUGCAGCUGUUAUAAGAUGACUUCUCCCACUGUACAAUACAUAUUUUUGAGUAAAUGUUGCUGGAUGUGUCCUGUUCUGUUUCUCACCACCUCACAGCUGUACAACAAUCAACUUCGAUUUUUUUUUUUUUUUUUUUUAAUGUGAAGACUGUUUUCUUUUCAUGCAUGUUGAGAUGACCUGGCUGGUUUUUAUCCCUGUUUUUAUCAGUUUGUAAUGAUUUGUGGUUGAAGAAGAAAAAAAAAAAAAAAGAAAAAAAAAAGAAGCUUUUGUUCAACCUACAGAGUCAAAUUUUGGUAUAUUAUUUGAUGUGUACAAUAACUUGUGACAUUAUCAACAAAACUAUUAUAAUACUUUACUAACAUGUCAAUCAAAUAUGUAAUGGUCAUGUAAGUUUAUUUUAUUUUUUUUGUUUUGUUUUGUUUUUUUUUCUGCAGUUACCUAGCAGGGCUAAAGCUGAGGUUGCUCCCUGGUGUGCGACGUAUUGACGAAGCUUUGGGCGUAUUUUUUGGGGGGGGAUUAAUUUUUCCGCAAAGCAGUCUAACAGCUAAUCUCUGAAGUUGUGCAAUACUAAUAUUUCACCACUUCUUCACAUGCGUUUUAUUUAUUUCUGAAGUAGAAGAUAUUGAGCCAAAGACAUCUUCAAGUGAUUUUAUUCACAAAUUUAUACUACCAAUUUGUCUUUAAGGCUUAAUUUUGUCCCAUUUCUUUCUCCAAAAUCAGUUUAACAAGAUCUUUGCUUAUAAAUAAUGUUUUCUCGACCCAGUAUUUCACCAUAAAUCAUCCUGAGACUCCUUUUCUUGAGAGCAUUCUGUGUUGCCUUUUUAUAAAGAAAACAAAGCGAAACCAUCUUGUGUGUGUGUAUGUGUGGCACAUGGAAAGGGAGCAACCUUUUGCCCAGCCAGUAGAGAGCACUGUGUUCAGCCUUCUAUAAACGCCACAUCUCUUCCUGUUUUCUGUUUGCUCUCCUCUGUUCUUCCCUCGCUGCAGUGAAUCAAUGGCACACCUGUUCUCCCAGCCUCCCAGUCCCAUUGGUUCCUCCCCCGUGGGUACAAAAUAAUGAAUAGAUCUGUUUUACUCUUCUUCAUUUCAAUUGGUGGUGGUUAUAAUAAAGGAUUUAGACUGUG